AUGCAGGCGCUGUAUCCUCGAGCUUUGCGCUGGGCUUUAGUGUCCCGUACACCAUGGCUCCGACCAAGAGUUCCGCUACGCCGGAACCCAUUCCGUCCGCUACGGGGCUUUUCCUCAUCUAAGCCGGCAAAUUUCAUGCUGGACGCCGAUUCUACCAUCUACGCUUUGUCUACAGCACCCGGAAGAGCGGCGAUCGCGGUCGUACGAGUGUCAGGGCCGGCAUGCGCGUCAGUCUACAGCGCGUUAUGUCCCAAACUACCUCUUCCUAAGCCCCGAGUUGCCGCCCUCCGCACCCUCUACGACCCAGCCCAACCACCCUCCCCAAGUACCGUUCUCGACGCCGGCGCCUUAGUCCUCUAUUUCCCCAGCCCGAAGACUGUCACGGGGGAAGAUAUUAUCGAAUUCCACAUCCACGAACCCGGCGAAUUCACCCGCCGCGCCUUCAUGAAUGACCGCCUUGGCCUCCCGCAGAUCGAGGCGCUGGGCGACACCCUCCAUGCAGACACAGAGCAGCAGCGCAGGCUCGCCGUCCGCGGCUCGAGCGAUGCGCUUAUGAAGCGAUACGAACUCUGGCGCCACCAGCUGCUGUACGCGCGCGGUGAACUCGAGGCCCUGAUUGAUUUCUCUGAGGAUCAGCAUUUCGAUGAGUCGACAGAGGAAUUGGUGUCUUCUGUGGCGGCCCAGGUCAGGGCGUUGAAGGUGCAGAUCGGCUUCCAUAUCCAGAAUGCGUCGAAGGGUGAGCUGCUCCGGAAUGGUAUCCGGGUGGCGCUGCUUGGGGGCCCGAACGCGGGGAAAAGCUCGCUUCUGAAUCGGAUCGUGGGGAAGGAGGCCGCGAUCGUUAGUGCUGAAGAGGGGACUACCCGGGAUAUCGUCGAUGUGGGGAUUGACUUGGGCGGGUGGUACUGCAAGCUUGGCGACAUGGCAGGUAUCCGUUCAGAAGCUACGAGCGUUCAGUCUAAGUCUCCAGCUGCUAUAGGGUUGGUUGAGAAGGAGGGGAUUCGGAGAGCCAGGACGAGAGCGUUGGAGUCUGACGUUGUAAUCAUUGUGGUCUCUCUGGAAGAGACCGCUCAGGGCGUUGCUCCUUUCGUGGAGCCUGAGGUUCUCGAUGCCGUGGCGGACUGCGAGAAGGCGAACAAGUGUCUCCUGGUCGCGAUUAACAAGUGUGAUAAGGUCCCGUCCUACCGUCAGGACGGUACCCUUCCGCAAGCACUUGUGGAUACGAUCCGUGACCUUUUCCCGGCUGUUACGACUGACAAAUUGUUUGCAAUCUCCUGCAACGAAGCACAGCAAGAAAUCCAAUUAACGCAUCAGACAGAUCCUGGCUCUCUUCAGUCAUUUCUGAAAGGACUCAUUACAACGUUCGAGGAGAUUGCCUCGCCACUAGGCAUUGAAGGGGACGGCGAUACAGAGUACAGUACAUCAUACUGGGAGGAUUCUUUGGGCGUCACUCAUCGCCAGAGUUCAAAUCUCGAGGCUUGUCUGGACCACCUCAAUGAUUUUCUCUUCCAAACAUCCUCUAGUGAUAGACUCGAGUCCUCGCCCGAGAGGGUUGAUUCUGUCGGAUCCGAGGUCGAUAUAGUGACGGCCGCUGAACACUUGCGCUUCGCCGCAGAUAUGAUGGCAAAGAUCACCGGCAAAGGUGAGAGCGGAGACGUCGAGGACGUCCUCGGCGUUGUUUUUGAAAAAUUCUGUGUCGGCAAAUGA